CCUCACUACACACUCCGAAAUAAGAGUGACAGGAUGAAGUUGGUGUUUUGCCUUGCGGGCGGCCUCCUCUGCCUUCUGCCCCUCCUCCAGGGGAUGCAGGCCGGAGAGCGCCGGGACAUCUCUGAGGGUGACGCGGACGAAGAAGGAUUAUCCGAAGAAGUGACUUCGCCAGGAGAUGAUCAGCUGGAGAAGAUCUGGGAGCAGCUGGAUCGCCAGACGGUGCUCAUCGAGGACGUCCGGAAGAGGCUCAUUGAGCUGGAGACGCGGUUGCAGGUUGGCGAUUCGCGGGACGAGGCACAGGGCGCAGAAUUCCUCGGAUCGGCCCAUAAUGGAGCUACUGACGGGCAGUCCUGUGUGGGACGUUGCGGAGAUCCUGGAAACUCCUCGGCUUGUGGCUGCAACGUCGCCUGCGCCGCCAACGGAACCUGCUGCCGCGACCACCGAGACGUAUGCCUCUCCUGUAGAGGCCGCUGCGGGGAGGCCUACCAGAACGGCCGCCUCUGCCAAUGUGACAGCAACUGCAAAUCGCACAGAAACUGCUGCAACGACGUCAGCUUCACGUGCGAUGGUAUCAAGCGAGGGGCCACGACACAAGACCUGCGUGAAAUAACGGAGAAGCUGUUAGCCGCCGACGUCAAUGGAGCGGGCGCGAGCCUCAGAAUCGACCUGCAGGGGAAGGGAACGUCAGAUGACCUCGCGGGCAGACCUUUGUUCAAGCCUGUGCCCGCGUCCGCACUGGCGUCCCCGACAAUCAGACUCUUGGAAGAACUUCAGAACAAUUACUCCCCCAACGUGACGACACCUGAAGCCGAGGACCCCACUGAAACAGCCGAAAAGGAAGCCUUCCUGAACGCUGUUAUGCAGACGGAGGUGAUGCAGCUGAUGGAGAACUUCCUGAAGGAGAGAGGUUUUCUCACCGGAAGUCUGAAGGACAGACUGGACGAGCUGUGGUUCACCUUGUACACGAGAAAGAAUAUCCUCAGCUCCUCCGGGUUCGAGCACGUCUUCGCUGGAGAAGUGAGAGGACAGAAGGUUUUGGGUUUGCACAACUGGGUGUACUUUUUGCAGAAAGAGCAAGAAGGUGACAUCAAUUACAUGCGAUGGUUAAACUUCAUUGAUCUUGGAGACAAGGGGGAAAUUGUCAAGGUCGCCUACAAGUGGAUGGACAAGAUGAAGAAAGCAGGUUCCAUGUUCGUGGGAACGUCGCCGGAACUGGACUUGGCCGUAUACACUCUGUGCAUCCUCACGCGGCCGAACAGGGGCUGUCCUGUGCAGAUGAACGGGCACAAGUUCAACAUCCAGACCUGGGUUCAGAAAUCGGACGGGAAGGAGCUGGUCGGGGCGGCAUUUCCCGCUAUCUAGAUGAGAUGGGAGGGUGACAGAAGUGGGACGGAUGGCUUCCGGGGUUGUAUCCAGAGUAGUUGUGUGUGGUAUGAGCUCAAAGCUGAACCAGGUGUGAAAAAAGACGCAUCACACACGCACGCACGCGCACGCGCGCACACACACACACA